CUCCCCGAUGGCUGUUUACAUCCGACUUCAUUACGUCGACUAAACCAUGCACGUGUUAUAAAGUUACAAUAAACUUAGCUAUAGUGUUUUUGAUAGCAUCCUUAAAUCAUCGUUUAUAUGGUUACAGUUUGUGAAGUUGAAUGAAAACCGCAUAAUCUUACUUUUGAAGUUAUGAACAUUUUGAAAUUGUGACGAAAUGGAAGCAGAGCCACUUUAUUAAAAAAUGAAAUAUCACUGUUGUCUGUUCUCAGGCAGAGAUUGAUCAUUACAACGAUUUGCUGUAAAAAAAAAAAAAAAGAAAAAAUUGUUUAGGUCAGUAAAUAGUAACAACUAGAUAAUACAGAAAAUUAUCGAGAAAACCUUUUAAGACAAAUGCUAAUGUUUUUGGUGCAAGAACAUGUAAAAUCUAACUUUACGCAAGCUAGUAUAUGCUGAUUUAAAUAACACUCAGUAUAUGUAUCAUUAACAACGGGUUAUCAGGAAGAUUAGUUAUUUAACAUUAUCAUGGAUUGUACCUGGGACUCAGUGGCUUCAUUACUGAACACCUCGACAUUGAACGCUGUACGCGAACUGUGCUUUACCCAGAUGACCCCAGUGCAGGCAGCAUGCAUCCCUCACUUUCUUAAAAACAAGGAUGUUGCUGUUGAAGCUGUGACAGGUAGUGGAAAGACACUUGCCUUUGUUAUCCCUAUCAUUGAGAUUUUGUUGCGCAGAGAAACACCUUUAAAAAAGCAUGAGGUGGGUGCCAUUAUCCUGACACCAACACGAGAGCUGGCCUUUCAGAUCAGUGAAGUGGUCACCCAUUUCCUGAAACACUUCUCACAGUUUAGUGCACUCUUGAUCAUUGGUGGGUCAAGUCCACAGCAAGAUAUUGCCAAGUUCGUGAAUAAUGGUGGAAACAUUCUUAUUGCAACUCCUGGACGCCUGGAAGACCUCUUUAACAGGAAGCAGGCAAAUUUCAACAUGUCUGCUAGUGUCAAAGCAUUGGAAAUUCUUGUCCUAGAUGAAGCAGACAGACUUCUGGAGAUGGGAUUUGAAGCAAGCAUCAACACUGUUCUUGGCAAUCUGCCUAAGCUGCGAAGGACCGGUCUGUUUUCAGCAACUCAGACAGAUGAAGUUGAGAAUCUCAUACGAGCUGGUCUUCGUAAUCCUAUGAGAAUUACUGUGAAAGAAAAAAAGCAGGCCACAGAGGCUGAUCAGAGAACACCAGCAUCUCUGAAAAAUUAUUACAUGAUUGCUGAUGCUGAUGAAAAGUUUAGCCAGCUGCUUCGUUUCUUGAGGGAUCACUAUCAGGAGAAGCUUCUCCUGUUUUUCAGCACAUGUGCUUGUGUUGAUUACUUCUCCAGAUGUCUGCAAGCGAUUCUGAAGAAGAUGACAGUCUUGGCAAUUCAUAGCAAGAUGAAACAAAAGAGGAACAAAGUAUUUGAAACAUUUCGUAGCAUGAGCAGUGGCCUGCUAGUCUGCACGGAUGUUAUGGCUCGAGGUGUUGACAUCCCAGAUGUUCAGUGGGUUAUUCAGUAUGAUCCUCCCAGCUCUGCCAGUGCGUUUGUUCAUCGUUGUGGGAGGACAGCACGAAUUGGGAACACAGGAAAUGCUCUGGUUAUGUUACUACCCGCUGAGGAUACAUAUGUGGAGUUCAUAAAAAUCAAUCAAAAGGUUCCAUUGUCUGAAAUGGAUAAAUAUUCUGAUGCAGAAAGUGCUGCAGAAAGACUUAAAUCUUUAGCCUUGAAGGACAGAGAUUUCUUUGAAAAAGGAGUAAGGGCUUUUGUGUCUUUCAUCCAGAGCUAUUCAAAACAUGAGUGCAACAUGAUCUUUAGACUCAAAGACCUUGACUAUGGCAAAUUAGCAACUGGCUUUGGAUUGCUAAGAAUACCUAAAAUGCCAGAACUCAGAGGCAAAACUGUUGGCAGCUUUACACCUGCUGAUGUGGACUUUGAUGCCAUUCCUUUCAAGGACAAGACAAGGGAACAGCAACGAGUACUAAAGCUUCAGUCUGCAGAAAACAAAAAGUCCAAACCAAUGGCAAGACCGCCACGGUCAGAAGCCUGGUCCAGAAAGAAAGAGAAGAAACAGAAGAAACAAACGAGGAAAGAAAAAAAGAUGAUGAAAAGUAAAAAUUCCUGUAAAGAAAUGCCACUGAAACGAAGUCGAGAGGAAGAUGGUGAAGAUGAGUGGGAUGAACUGGAAAAAGAUAUACGGCUGAUAAAAAAAUUAAAGAAAGGAAAGAUAUCUCAAGACCAGUUUGAAGAACAGUUUAUCAUUGAACAUGAUAAAGAAUCAAGUUGAUUUUGAUUGAGUGUGUGUGUGUGAAUGCGUUCAUGGAAAUGCAGGCAUAUUUGUGUGUAUGCAACAGUGCUGACUUCUCUUAAACAGAAAUCAAGCGGCAUCACAAAUGUUUUCACCUUACCAAUACCCAUAUGGAAUUUAAAAUAAAAAUAAAUGCAAUGAUAUCAUGCUUAGUA